AUGGCACCGUCAAUUAUAGCCACCUGCAAACAGACCCGGUUUCAUCUGCUCGAUAAUCAGCCAUCGAGAGAGAUUGAUGUGGACGGCCUUACUAUCGCAGUCACAUCUCCUAUAGAUACUACAGAAGACUCUCUAAAAACAAAGGGGAAAGGAAAAUCCAAAGCCAAAGCCGAAGCAAGAGAACUCAUUGCCGACGCGCACUUGCGGCUUAAGGCGGGCGUGCAUUAUGGAUUGAUAGGUCGAAAUGGAACCGGAAAGUCCACACUUCUGCGCGCCAUGGCAGACAAGUUGGUGCCGGGGAUACCGCAUUCCACUCGAAUAGCCAUUUUGCAACAGACAGAUGCCGACUCCCGGGAAGGCAAAGGAUCUUUUGAUGCUGGAAACCAGAAACUGAAUGAGGCUGAGAAAAAGUCGGUUCUGGACUAUGUUAUGGGCAGUGACCACCACCGAAACUAUGUUACAGCAAGGAUGAAUUACUUGUCAAAAAGUUUCGAGACAGAGGACUCGUUACAACCUGUAAAGGGAAUUCGGAAACUCCGUCACGAUGACAUCGAGAAGCAGCUGUUCUUAGCCCAGAAAAACGCCAGUUUGAAGAGCGGUGCAAGGGGAUUGCAAGCGCGCAAAGAGUUGAAAUCCAUGGAGACGAAACUACAAACUUCCAAAGAGCUUCUCGAGCAGACGAAAGAGGAUAUCGAUGCCGAAGCCAUAAAACAGGAGACGCAGGCUGCUGCGGAAACACUGCAAGAUCUACAAUCACAGUUUGAAGCAAUGAAACUUGUCGAUAUAGAGCAGCAAGCCCGUCAGAUCCUCAUCGGAUUGGGCUUCAAAGAGGAUGCUUUGAGCAAACAAUUUUCAACACUGUCUGGUGGUUGGCGUAUGCGCUGCAUGCUAGCAAGUGUCUUGAUCCAGAAUCCCGAUAUCAUGAUCCUGGAUGAACCGACCAAUUUCCUGGAUCUUUUAGGAGUGGUCUGGCUAGAGGAAUACCUAAAGCAGCUGCGCGACUCGUCACAAACAACGAUCGUCCUUGUUUCACACGACAGAGAUUUCGUGAACGCUGUUUGCGAAGAAAUUGUCAUAAUCCGAGAUCAGAAGCUCACAUACUUCAAGGGGAACCUUUCCGCAUAUGAACAGGACUUUGAAGAACAGAAGUUGUACUGGGGCCGCAUGAAAGAGGCCCAGGAGCGCCAGAUUGCCCACAUGGAAGCAACAGUUCGUGAGGGUAUCAAGGUCGGGAAGAAAACAAACGACGACAAUAAGCUUCGAAUGGCAAAAUCGCGGCAGAAGAAACUCGACGAUAGAAUGGGUGUCCAGGUAAACGCUCGUGGAGGUCGGUUUAAGUUGAACCGAGAUUUACCUGGUUAUCAUUUGAGUGCCCGUGAUGAAAUUGAAGUUCCACAGGAUGAAAAGGGCGUCCUAAUAGCCCUGCCUGAUCCUUCUGAGCUGCGAUUUCCGGGGCCACUGAUUUCGUUGGAAGGGAUCGUUUUCAAGUACAGAACAGGAGCAGCGCUGGUACUGCAGGGCAUUGACCUCGUGAUGCACUUAGGAGACCGCGUGGGGAUUAUGGGCCUUAACGGGUGCGGAAAAUCAACACUGAUUCGCCUUGUGGCUGGUGUUACGAUUCCGACUCAGGGGAAGGUUUCCUCGCAUUCGCGGUUAAAGAUGGGCUACUAUGCUCAACACUCUAUCGAGGAGCUUCAAAAGCUGGGCCAGGAAGACCCCAGUCUGACUGCGUUAGGAUUAAUGACGAAAGAAGUGGAAGGCUCACUCAAUGAGGGACAAUUACGAGGAUUGUUAUCAUCCCUGGGUCUCCAGGGUAGAAUAGUCUCUGAUGUCCCGAUUCCCCGACUUUCAGGAGGCCAACUCGUCCGCCUGGCAUUGGCAAGAGUUAUCUGGAAUGCACCACAUUUGCUCGUCCUCGAUGAAAUCACGACCCACCUUGAUUUCCAUACAGUGACGGCUCUCGCAUCAGCACUGUCCACUUUCAGCGGGGCUAUAUUGCUGGUUUCACACGACCGAUUUAUGGUCCGAGCAGUAAUUGAAGGCAAGAAAGACAUCGAUCAUAAGAUGGACGAAGAUUUUGAGGGCGCCGAAGAGGAGUCGGACGAAUCGCAACCUCGGCGGCGUGUUGUGUACGUUAUGAAAGCCGGCACUAUGAAGGUCCAAGAUAACGGCGUAGAGCAGUUUGAACAGAGUUUAGUGAAGAGGGUGCAUAAGAUGCUGCCUGCACAAGGGUAG